CGUCAUCGAUGCUGGCAGGUCAGCUUAGCCACUGCGUCCCGAGUAGACGGACCUAGCCAACCGUUAAAAGCUAGCGAACAUUCUCUUCCCCCCUACAAUACUCUCCUUUCACAUACGUAUAUAAAAUCUUCGAAGAACCGUGAUAAAAUGAAGAGGCGGAUACACUUCGGUUUUGUGCUGGUUUAUUCGUUGGUCUCGUAUUUAUGUUCGUGCUCGGCGUUUUAUCUUCCGGGUUUAGCCCCAGUGAGUUUUUGUGAAGACAGCAAAGGUGGUGAAGAUUGCCAGACAGUGAUUCAGCUGUUUGUCAAUCGCUUAGACUCAGUGGAGUCAGUCCUGCCUUAUGAGUAUGACGUGUUCGACUUCUGCAAAGAUGCCAAGGAAAUGAGGCCUUCUGAGAACCUUGGACAGGUGCUGUUUGGUGAAAGAAUUGAGUCUUCACCAUACAAGUUCAACUUUAAACAAGAUGUUAAAUGCAAAGCAGUGUGCACAAAAAACUACAAGAAAGGCACCCAGGAGGAUGCAACCAAACUGGAUUUUCUCAAGAUGGGGAUGCAGCUGAACUAUCAACACCACUGGAUCAUUGACAACAUGCCAGUGACAUGGUGCUAUGAUGUGGAAGAUGGUCAGAAGUACUGCAACCCGGGCUUCCCAAUUGGCUGCCUCGUUACGCCAGACGGCAGACCUAAAGAUGCUUGUGUCAUCAAUUCCGAGUUCAACAAGAAGAAUACAUUUUACGUCUUCAACCAUGUGGACAUCAGGAUCACUUUCCACAAUGGAGAAACAGAAGGAUGGAGAGGGGCUCGGUUGGUUGCUGCCACCCUGGAGCCAAAGAGUAUCAAACAUCAAGAUGAGAAAAACCCAAACUGUGAUGGAACCAACCCGAUGGAGGUCCCUGGAGAGUUUAAUAGUGAUGUCUCAGUAGUUUACACCUACUCUGUCACAUUUGAGGAAAACAAUGCAAUCAAGUGGGCCAGUAGGUGGGACUACAUCCUGGUCUCCAUGCCUCACACCAACAUCCAGUGGUUUAGUAUUAUGAACUCCUUGGUCAUUGUCCUCUUCCUGUCUGGCAUGGUUGCAAUGAUCAUGCUGAGAACCCUGCACAAGGACAUUGCUAGAUACAACCAGGUGGACCAGGAGGAUGCACAGGAGGAGUCGGGGUGGAAGCAGGUGCAUGGGGAUGUUUUCCGUCCCCCGAGGAAAGGCAUGUUGUUGUCUGUGUUCCUUGGACAGGGCACCCAGAUCUUCAUCAUGACAUUCAUCACACUCUUCCUGGCCUGCCUGGGUUUCCUGUCACCAGCCAACAGAGGGGCUCUCAUGACAUGUGCUGUGGUCCUCUGGGUUCUGCUGGGAACACCCGCUGGCUAUGUGUCUGCACGCCUUUACAAAACUUUUGGAGGUGAAAAGUGGAAGACAAACGUCUUGCUGACAGCACUCUUGUGCCCAGGUAUUGUGUUUGCGGACUUCUUCCUGAUGAACCUGAUCCUUUGGGUGGAGGGUUCCUCAGCAGCAAUCCCCUUUGGCACUCUGGUGGCCAUUUUGGCGCUGUGGUUUGGAAUCUCAGUGCCCCUUACCUUUGUUGGUGCCUACUUUGGAUUCAAGAAACCUGCAAUUGAGCAACCAGUGCGAACAAACCAGAUCCCCCGUCAAAUUCCUGAGCAAUCUUUCUUUACAAAACCUAUCCCUGGUAUUGUGAUGGGUGGCAUCCUGCCCUUUGGCUGCAUCUUCAUCCAGCUAUUUUUCAUUCUCAACAGCAUUUGGUCUCAUCAGAUGUACUAUAUGUUCGGGUUCCUGUUCCUGGUUUUCAUUAUUCUACUCAUCACCUGCUCUGAGGCCACAAUUCUGCUCUGCUACUUCCACCUAUGUGCUGAGGACUACCACUGGUGGUGGCGUUCCUUCCUGACCAGCGGCUUCACAGCAGUCUAUCUGUUCAUCUAUGCUGUGCAUUACUUCUUCUCGAAGCUGCAAAUAAUUGGAGCAGCCAGCACCUUCCUCUACUUUGGAUAUACUAUGAUUAUGGUCCUUAUCUUCUUCCUCUUCACAGGUACAAUUGGCUUCUUCGCCUGCUUCUGGUUUGUAAAUAAGAUCUACAGUGUGGUCAAAGUGGACUAGAGGACUGAGGGAGAGACUGACUCCUUGCUGUCGCAGCACUGGCCUCUUCAGUGCUGGCGGUGUGAUAAAGUGGUCUGUAUGGACCUGAAUUGAAACCAUCAUUUAUAAUGGAAAGACCUGAAGAGCAGAGCCCGUCCUCUUUUGUGCUUUAAACAUAUGUUGCUAUUGUUUUCUUUUUUUUUUUUCUUUUUUUUUUUUAAAAUAUAUAUAAUUUUGUGUUCACUGUUGACCAGUAAUAUGUUGAGUGGCGCCUUGAAAAUCAGUGGGGGUUCCAAUGAUCUAAUGAGCAGUUUGUUUUGGUGGGUUUAACAAGAAAAGAUGAAAUGUUUUUAAGUCUCUGAAGGUAAAAUGUUCUGUAUUUUUUUUCUUUUAUAUUAUGUCUAAAUGUUGUUUUUCAGCCAUUACUUAUAUUGUAAUGAUGAAAACCUUUGUGUACAUAUACUGUACAGAGCGAGCGAGUGAGAGAAUGCUACUUAAAGAUUGUCACAUUUAUGAAACUUUCCAUUCUUUUUUCUUUUUCUUGUUGAGGUAAAGAUUGGGCUGUAAAUCCUUAAAAUAUCAGCUUGUAUUGUAGUUCAGAAACAAUAUAAAACACUGACAUUACGACGAUACAUGUCCAUUUUCUUGUAUUUGAUGGCUACACUUAAGUUUGAAUAACAAAGGUCACACUUGGUUAAGAAGCACAUCUGUAUCAUCGAAGAAUAUGCUACAACUACAGUGUGUUGCACAUUAAGGACGAUCUCUGUGACAUGCCUAACAUGUUUGGCCACAGGAGAGAUCCUCACCUAGCUGAUCAUACCGCAGUCCAUGAAUUUACUGAUUAAAUACAUAUGCACCGUUGAGAUGCACCCUUUUAGAUUUUAAUAAGCAGUUUGCUGAACUGUAACUACAUAAAAUACUGCUGUCUUUUGCUUCGAGCAGUGUGGAGUCAUCACCCAAGGUGAUAACAUUUUUACAAAUAAAUGCAGUUAAUCCAA